AUGAAGCCGCAGCUGGCUGGGACCAUGAAGCGGCAGGAGUCAGCAGGAGGAGCAGGAGGAGCCGGGGAGGCUGCUGGGACCCUGCAGGAGGAGCUGGUCGCAGCCAUCCAUGGCGCGUUUGAGGUGGCUGUGGAGAUCGCAGUUCGAGAGGUGACAAAGCUGGUCGGCCAGGCUUCAGGAGACCUCUACGAGGAGAUGCGACGAGAGAACCAGACCCUGAAGCAGAGACUGCAGAGAGCUGAAGCCCUGCUGGACUCUGCUGGAUCUCCUCCUACACACCAGCUCCAGGACAACAACAAGCCUUUAGAUCAGCCGCCUCACGGCAAAUACGAUCAGAAGAGCCCAAAUCCAGAAGGGAGCAACGUGCACAUCUGCACAGGGGUCAGAGGUCACGCUGCUCCUGCAGGUCCCAGCCGAGCUCACCAGCCUGCUGACCCCCAGCAGGACCAUGAGGAGCUGCAGACCCAGCAGGUCCCUGAUGCUGCUGCACAGAAACAUGCAGGUGAUGCUGUGACUGCAGGAGCCAGUGAGGAGGUGUCCCGUGUGUGUGUUCUGAGGGUAAAAAGCUUGAACCGGAGCAGAGAAACAGCAGAACGAGACUCUCCUCCUCCUCCUCCCAGCGAGGAAGACGAGUCCUCCUCAGAGCCUGUUAGAGUGAAGCAGGAGGAGACGGAGGAGGAGGAGGGGGAGGACUCCGCCUGCUGUCUAGACUCCAUCAAGAUGGAGGACUUCAGUCUGGAGUGUAUGUCAACGGUCCAGUCCAAGAUGCUGGAGGACUGGAAACCAGAAGUUCUGGAUCAUCUGAGCCAAGACUCCAACACGUCUCUGUCCUGCAGCAGGCUGGCUCAAGACUUCCCGAACAUGUUCCAGCUGGAACCAGCUCCGGUCCCCGAAGCGGCUCCGCAGGUUUACGGGGUCCAUGUGAGGACGGGCCACCGCAGCAACCCGGCCCACAGCAACCUGUACACCUGCAAGUCCUGCCAGCAGACGUUCCAGCUGCCCAGCCUGCUGCGGCGCCACUACAGCCAGUGCCAGCAGAAGCUGCAGCAGUUCUGUCGGACCCCCGUAGACGGAGGCAAGAGGACCCGGCUGCAGCUGUACCCGCCCGGCUGCAGCCCAUUCCGCUGCACCGAGUGCAACCGGGAGUUCAACCGCAUGGAGAACCUCAAGACUCACCUCCGCAUCCACACGGGGGAGAGACCCUACACCUGCUCCGUCUGCUCCAAGUGUUUCCGGCACUCCGGGGCUCUAACCAGGCACUUCCGCAUCCACACCGGAGAGAAACCGUACGUCUGUGGACAGUGUGGGAAGUCCUUCAGGAACUGUGGGGGGCUGAAGUUCCACCAGCGCUCACACAGCAAGCAGCUACAGUAGCUACACGUUUAAUAUCUAUGAGAUGGACACGGCUUAUUAUGCAAUGCUUUAUAUGGUUAAAUUAUAUUUAUUUUAUGUAAGCGUUUGAAGUAGGAUCGAACCUGGUCUCACAGGAAUCCGUGGAAUAGCCACGGAUUCGCUUAACUCAAAAUCCGUGGAAUAGC